GCUUUAUUGCAUACGUAGCGUCACGGCGUUAUCCUCUGCGAAGUGGACGACUUUCUCGCUCCGAUGGGAUCUCCACCACCACCAGUCACGACCGCCGAGAUCGGCGAUUUUGGGGGGCCUCGGUGGUGAAUCGGUUGCAGAUCGGGCUUCAAGGCUUCGAUCUCUCUUUCCGCCUCGUCGCGCGCCCGACGCAAUCGCUUGCCUGCGUCGUUAUCCGAUUCGAUCUUCUAGGGUAAGGGUUUUCUGGAAUUGCAAAGCGGAUCCCCGAUUGGAGGUGCUGUGGAGUGGGAAUUUGGUAUCGGUGGACGAUAUGAAGAUAACGGAGUUGGAGGACGGAGCGUCCGAGGAAUAUUGCGAUUCCGGCUCGCAGGAGAUUGUGCCGCUCAAGGCAAAAAGGGCGCUCGUCGGAGCUGGUGCCCGGGUUCUCUUCUACCCAACGCUUAUGUACAAUGUUCUCCGGAACAUGAUGCAAGCGGAGUUUCGCUGGUGGGACGAAAUAGAACAGUUUCUAUUACUUGGGGCUGUGCCAUUUCCUAAAGACGUACCGCGCUUGCGGCAGCUUGGUGUUCAUGCUGUUGUUACGUUGAAUGAACCAUAUGAGACCUUGGUUCCUCCAUCAUUAUACAAGACCCAUGGAAUUGAUCACUUGGUGAUCCCUACAAGAGACUACCUUUUUGCACCUUCACCUGUGGAUAUACGCAGAGCAGUUGAUUUCAUCCACAGCAAUGCAUCUUGUGGGAGGACGACUUAUGUUCACUGUAAAGCUGGAAGGGGCCGUAGCACAACUAUUGUUUUAUGCUAUCUGGUUAAGUACAGGAAUAUGACGGCUACAGCUGCUUUAGAGUAUGUUAGAUCGAAAAGACCAAGGGUGCUAUUAGCUCCUUCCCAGUGGCAGGCUGUCCAAGACUUCAAGAGACAAGAACUGGAAAGCCUUGAAGUCAAAAGCACCCUGUUUUUCUCUUAUCCAGGAGACACGGUACUGAUAACAGAGGCAGAUUUAGAAGGAUAUGGCUCCACUGAGGUGGAAGCAAAGGAACUGAAGCGCAUUCGGAAAAUUGCUCUUGCAAGGCCAAUGAUGGCGAGGGUCUCAUGUUUCUUUGCAGCUUUAAUGGCCUCCGGUGACCUUCCAAGACUUCCUCCUCGUCUGCCUGAAAUAAGAGCUUGCUAGGUAACAUCUGCACGUAAGGGUUUGCGCUUAUCUUUUGUGAUUUUAUAUCCUUAUGCUGGCCAAUAAGCUAUUCUAUUCUACCUUCUGUAAAUAUGAUAUCCUUCAGGGAAGUUUACGUUGGCACAUUAAGGCAGCAAGCACCAUGGCAUUCUGAAUCCCCAA